AGGUUGGCAUACCCAUCAAGGACAGUAACUACCAUGGCUUCCAGCGCUUUGGCGAAACCUCGGAUGCGUGGCCUCCUGGCCAAGCGUCUGCGCUUUCAUAUUGUUGGAGCAUUCAUUGUAUCCCUGGGGGCUGCAGCUUUGUGUAAGUUUGGUGUGGCUGAAGCAAGAAAGAAGGCAUAUGCAGAUUUCUACAGAAAUUAUGAUUCUAUGAAAGAUUUUGAGGAGAUGAGGAAGGCUGGCGUCUUUCAGAGUGCAAGGUGAUUUUGGAACAUAAAAGAAUUACACAGAAGUUUGUCACAACCUGUGUUCCUGAGCUAUGAAUA